AUGGUGGAUGAUUCGCCGACAACCAUACUCCCGGUGAAGACCCUCUCGCAGCUGCAAGCGCCACUGCUGUCGCGUCAGGCAUCCGAUCGGAGUCAGGCUUCUGCGAAGGAGCUGCCACACUCAAAAAGACCUGUGAGCGACCUCUUCGACUUCACAGAGGAGUUCAUCCAGCGAGGAUACCAUGCUGAGUACGCGAACUGGAGAGACUCUUACCUUAAGUGGCGACAGGGCGAUGCCAAGGGCGCAAAGGGCGAGAAUCGCCAUGCCACGCACCUCCGGAAUAGGAAUCAGCGCACCUUCGAAUACUGGUACCCGACGGUAUCCAACUUUAACUUUAGGCGGACGUGUGCAUAUUGGAUCGGGGUCCUCUUUGUGGAAGGCUGCCUCCUCUUCCUUUGGCCACCUCUCUUCGACGCAUUCUGGCCUGGAGCGCCAUUGCGAAUGACGUUCUGGAUAAGCAAGAUCCCGCUCUUGGUGGGGACUUCGACAUUUGGAUCCGGCAUCUACAUGGGCUACUUGGAGCUGAUCAACAUGGAUGUUGAUGUUGCCGAGAAAAGAGCCAACCUGAUCUGGUGCGACUGGAGAGCUCUCUACAAUGUCCUGCUAGAGGCAAAAGAGGACAGUGCCGAAGGUGGAGGCGAGAAUGGCGACGAUGCCGAAAGUUCUGCUGGCAGUGAGGUCUACUGGUACCAGCCGCUGUCCUCCAUACUUGGAUGGGUCAUUUACAUGACUGGCGCAGUUUUAUACCAAGUAGCAAACACUGUGGACAUCUUCGACGUGCCGAAGGAGUGGCAUGUCAGUAUGGUGGAGUGGCCGCUGGUCUUCGGAGGCCUUUGCUUCUUCACGGGCGGCAUCAUGGAGGUUGUUCACAACCGCUGCUGGGCGACUGCACCGGACACUUUUGUGUGGUGGACGUCUGUGUUGAACUUCUUCGGUGGCAUCGCUUUCUGGCUUUGUGCCUGCCCGGAAGCCAUGGGUAGCCUCACCACUCCGAUUGGCGUGGGAGGAACUGUGCUGUACCUGAUCGGUGCCAUUCUGGGAUUAUGCAUGUGGCGUGGUGAACAGUUCGGCUUGAGCUUAAUCUCCAACUUGAACAGAGUGCAGCGGGUGGAUGAAACAAAGAUUGCGGUGCGGACGCAUUCGGAAACGGGCGUCAGAGAGGUCGUUCCCAUCAACAACGAGGCGUUCCAGCUCGAUGACACGAAGAACGCUUUGCAGCCCAGGUUGUCAUGGCGAGGACUGGUCUUCGUGCUAAUGUGUGCACUCUGGGGCACGGCGUCGAUCGUGCACGUUUUCGCAGUUCCCGCUGCUCCGUGGGAGUUUGAGUCCACCUCCAGGACGUACAGAAGGCAUCUGCUUGAGCAGGAAAUGACGAGCGUCGUCCAUGCCAUUGGUGCGCAUCUCAUCAUCCUCCUCAACUCUGCGACGGUUACUGUCCCGAAUGAGGAGCCGUUUCGAUUCAUGACGCUUGCCAUGCGGCUACUGGUGGCAGUAUUGACCGUGCAGUCAGUCUUAUCGAAUUGGACAUUCCUAGUUGACGAGCACGACUGA